AUGAAGCAGAUGAACUUGGAGGAAAAUACCUGGAAUCUUCAAGCUACUCAAGCUGAAGCAAACGGUACCUCUCAAAAAACCUCAAGCUCUGGAUUUUCCUCACUCUUGGCCUCCAACGAUCGUGAUUAUCUUCUCUCACAAGAUGGAACUCAGCGCCUUACGGACGUGGCAGUAGAUAUUAUUCUUCUUGCUGUUGUUGCUGUAGCCUUUGUGGGGUGGAGGAAGUGGGUGUCGUUUUCUGGGACUUGGCUGUGUUGUUCACAAGCCAAAUUUGUAGUCCUAAUCAAUGUGAAAAUUUCUGAUCUUGAAGGCAAAGUUUUGGGCCUUUACUUCUCUGCAAACUGGUACGCGCCAUGUCGAAGCUUUACCACCCAGGUUUUAAUCGGUGCAUAUCAGGAAUUAAAGAGCAAUGGAUCUAAUUUCGAAAUUGUCUUUGUGUCAUCUGAUGAGAACCUGGAUGCCUUCAACAAUUAUCGCGCCAACAUGCCAUGGCUUUCCAUUCCAUUUUCAGAUUUGGAGACCAAAAAAGCCUUAACUAGUAAAUUCGACAUUGAAGCAAUUCCUUGUCUAGUCAUUUUGCAACCCAAGGAUAACAAAGAUGAGCCAGCUUUACAUGACGGGGUCGAGAUGCUUUACCGUUUUGGCAUCCAAGCUUUCCCAUUUACCAAAGAGAGGCUGGAGGAAUUAAAAUUGGAAGAGAAGGAGAAGCAUGAGAGGCAGACCCUAACCAAUUUGCUGACGAACCAUGAUAGAGACCAUCUUUUGGGUCACCCGGCACCUAAACAGGUGCCUGUUGCCUCUUUAGUAGGCAAAACAGUGGGACUGUAUUUCUCAUCCCAAUGGUGUCUUCCGGGUGGGAAGUUUACUCCCAAGUUAAUUUCCAUCUACCAAAAGAUUAAGCAGAUGCUGGAACACAAAGGAAAUGAUGAAGACGACUUUGAAAUUGUGUUUGUGUCAAGUGAUCGUGAUCAAGCAGAAUUCGACUCCUACUUCGGUAGCAUGCCAUGGUUAGCGUUGCCUUUCGGAGAUCCUACUAACAAAAACCUUGCUAAGCACUUCGAUGUGAAAGGUAUACCUAGCUUGGUAAUUUUAGGUCCUGAUGGUAAAACUGUUACUAAACACGGGAGAAACCUAAUUAACUUGUACCAAGAAAAUGCGUACCCUUUCACUGAGGCCCAAAUUGAUUUCCUAGAGAAACAAAUGGAUGAGGAGGCUAAAAGCCUACCAAGAUCAAAAAACCAUGCAGGGCAUCGACAUGAACUCACUUUGGUUUCAGAAGGAACUGGAGGAGGCCCAUUUAUAUGCUGUGAUUGUGAUGAACAAGGUUCAGGAUGGGCUUACCAGUGCCUUGAAUGUGGAUAUGAGGUGCACCCCAAGUGUGUUAUAGCUGUGGACCCUGGCUCCAUGGUUGAGAGCUAG